AAUCAACGGCUGUAAGAAACAGUUGGCUGAUUUCAGGUAGAUAUUGCUCAUCACCCACUAUCAUCUCCCUCAUAGAAAGCUACUAGCAUUGCCUUUCGCCUUUUUUCUCGCACGUUGCACCAUUGGAGGUUCUGGUUUGCCUCACCUCGAUAGAUCCAGAUUUCGACAAUCCACAGAGAGAGAGAGAGAUAUGGAAGUAGAGAGGAGAGUUGGUGUGGCCGUUGAUUUCUCAGUAUGCAGCAAGAAGGCGCUUAAAUGGGCCGUGGAUAACGUUGCCCGGAAAGGGGAUCACCUUAUCCUGGUUGCCAUACUCCCCGAAGGCAAUUAUGAGGAGGGAGAGAUGCAGCUCUGGGGGGCCGCCGGUUCUCCUUUAAUCCCUUUAAUUGAGUUCUCUGAUCCCCACGUCAUGAAGAAAUAUGGGGUGAAACCUGACCCCGAAACAUUGGACAUUGUCACUAUAGCAUCUCAGCAGAAAGAGAUUGAGGUGCUGUUGAAAAUAUACUGGGGUGAUGCUCGGGAGAAGAUAUGUGAAGCGGUUGAUAAGACUCCCCUUGACUGCAUUAUUAUAGGGAACAGAGGGCUUGGCAAGAUCAAGAGGGCUAUCUUGGGCAGUGUUAGCAACUAUGUGGUGAAUAAUGCUUCUUGUCCUGUUACUGUGGUGAAGCAUCACAGUUCUUCAGAACCUUCCCUGCCUCUAGAUACUCCUCCAAACUUGCAGCCUGUGUCCUCCCCCGGACCACAGCCCGAGCUUUCGCCAACACCAACACCAACAUUAGCCCCUUCAUCUGAACACCCUCCCGUGUCUGUCCCACCAUCCACCAACAUCGAUCCCACAAUCGAAAAAAUCUGUGCGUCAACAGACUAUCCUGAUCUCUGCCUCUCCACAGUCACUCCCUUGCUAAAAGGCAAGAAUGACAUUGUGUCCGUGCUUGAAGUGGCAAUAAAAGCCAGUACUAACUCAACAAAUUUGGGUCUGAUCAUGGCCAAAAAACUGGCUAACAUGCCUGGAAAUACUCCUGAAAUGGUCUCAAUCCUCAACGAUUGCACGAAUAGUUAUGACACCGCUUUGUACAAUUUUCGGAAUGCAAUGGAUGCAUUCCCCGGUCGUGACAUUGGCACAAUGAAUACAAUGCUUAGCGCUGUUAUAACCAAUGUUGGCGAUUGCGAGGACGGGCUUUCUGGAAUGGAUUCUCCAUUGUCUAAUUGUGCUGACAAGGUUAUAAAGAUGACUAGCAACUGCCUUGCCAUUAUUUCCUUGAUCCACUGA